GUCAGCCGCCAUCUUAGAACGAACCGAGUUCUGUUCCAGAGGUGUCGGCGGACCCCAGCUGUGGAGCGGUUCUCCGUGUGUACACCGUUUUAUCCACGCAAAGUACUGACUAAACGCCACGGGAGGAGGACAAGGAUAUACCUUUUUAUCUCAGAUUAGGAAGCUGUGCAGGCUGAGGGUGUGAAAGGAUCAUGGCAACCCAGUCUGAUCUGAUGGAGCUUGACAUGGCUGUGGAGCCAGAUCGUAAGGCAGCAGUCAGUCACUGGCAGCAGCAAUCCUACCUGGACUCUGGCAUCCACUCAGGGGCCACCACCACUGCACCCUCCCUAAGUGGAAAGGGCAACCCGGAAGAGGAAGAAGUGGACAACCAGGUGCUGUAUGAAUGGGAGCAGGGCUUCUCCCAGCCAUUCACACAAGACCAGGUGGCAGAUAUUGAUGGACAAUAUGCCAUGACCCGGGCCCAGAGAGUACGUGCAGCCAUGUUUCCAGAGACUCUGGAUGAGGGCAUGCAGAUCCCAUCCACACAAUUUGACAGUGCCCACCCAACCAAUGUGCAGCGAUUGGCUGAGCCCUCCCAGAUGCUGAAGCAUGCUGUGGUAAACUUGAUCAACUACCAGGAUGAUGCUGAGCUAGCCACUCGUGCCAUCCCUGAGCUCACCAAGCUGCUUAAUGAUGAAGACCAGGUGGUAGUGAACAAGGCUGCUGUGAUGGUCCACCAGCUGUCCAAGAAGGAGGCGUCACGCCAUGCCAUCAUGCGUUCGCCCCAGAUGGUCUCUGCCAUUGUGCGCACCAUGCAGAACACGGGUGAUGUUGAAACGGCCCGCUGCACUGCAGGGACCCUGCACAACCUGUCACACCACAGAGAGGGACUGCUUGCCAUCUUUAAGUCAGGGGGCAUCCCAGCUUUGGUCAAGAUGCUGGGGUCCCCUGUUGACUCAGUACUGUUCUAUGCCAUCACAACCCUCCACAACCUGCUGCUGCACCAAGAGGGAGCCAAGAUGGCUGUACGCCUGGCUGGUGGUCUGCAGAAAAUGGUGGCAUUGCUCAACAAGACAAAUGUCAAGUUCCUUGCCAUCACAACAGACUGCCUUCAGAUUUUGGCUUAUGGCAACCAAGAAAGCAAGCUCAUCAUUCUGGCCAGUGGAGGCCCCCAGGCCCUGGUCAACAUCAUGAGAACCUACACGUAUGAGAAGCUGCUGUGGACCACCAGCCGAGUGCUCAAAGUGUUGUCAGUCUGCUCCAGUAACAAGCCAGCCAUUGUUGAGGCCGGUGGCAUGCAGGCCCUUGGUCUUCAUCUAACAGACCCGAGCCAGCGUCUGGUUCAGAACUGCCUGUGGACCCUCAGAAACCUUUCAGAUGCAGCUACCAAGCAGGAGGGAAUGGAAGGCCUGCUGGGCACCCUGGUCCAGCUGCUGGGCUCUGAUGACAUCAAUGUGGUGACCUGUGCUGCUGGCAUCCUCUCCAACCUCACCUGCAACAACUACAAGAACAAGAUGAUGGUGUGCCAGGUGGGCGGCAUUGAGGCCCUUGUGCGUACCGUGCUGCGGGCAGGCGACCGUGAAGAUAUCACAGAGCCUGCCAUCUGCGCCUUGCGCCACCUCACCAGCCGGCACCAGGAUGCUGAAAUGGCCCAGAAUGCAGUUCGGCUGCACUAUGGUCUGCCGGUGGUGGUGAAACUGCUACAUCCUCCAUCACACUGGCCUCUUAUUAAGGCGACAGUGGGGCUGAUCCGCAACUUGGCUCUAUGCCCUGCCAACCACGCUCCCCUGCGUGAGCAGGGUGCCAUUCCCAGGCUUGUACAGCUGCUGGUGAGGGCACACCAGGACACACAGAGACGCACCUCAAUGGGUGGAACACAGCAGCAGUUUGUGGAGGGUGUUCGCAUGGAGGAGAUUGUGGAAGGCUGCACUGGAGCGCUUCACAUCCUGGCAAGGGAUGUCCACAACCGGAUUGUAAUCAGAGGGCUCAACACCAUCCCCCUCUUUGUCCAGCUGCUGUACUCCCCCAUUGAGAACAUCCAGCGAGUGGCUGCAGGGGUGCUGUGUGAACUGGCUCAGGACAAGGAAGCAGCAGAGGCAAUUGAGGCGGAGGGGGCCACUGCUCCCCUUACAGAGCUCCUCCAUUCCAGGAACGAGGGUGUUGCCACGUAUGCUGCUGCUGUGCUGUUCCGCAUGUCUGAGGACAAGCCCCAGGACUACAAAAAGCGCUUGUCCGUUGAGCUCACCAGCUCCCUCUUCAGGACUGAGCCCAUGACCUGGAAUGAGCCUGGAGAUCUUGGGCUGGAUAUCAGCACCCAAGGAGAGCCCCUUGGCUAUCGCCAGGAUGACCCUAGCUACCGCUCGUUCCACUCGGGCGGCUACGGGCAGGACGCCAUGGGGAUGGACCCCAUGAUGGACCAUGACAUGGGCGGCCAUCACCCUGGGGCCGAGUACCCGGUCGAUGGCUUGCCUGACCUGGGUCACGCCCAGGACCUGAUUGACGGGCUACCUCCAGGCGACAGCAAUCAGCUCGCUUGGUUUGAUACUGAUCUGUAAAUAAAUACCUUUUUAGCUGUAUCGUCUGAAUGAACCUGCAUCGUGAUUUGGCCUGUUGAGUUGCUGAGAGGUCUCGGAGGGGUAGGCUGGUAUCUCAGAAAGUGCCUGACGCUAACAAAACGCUGAGUUUCCUAUGGGAACAAGUUGAAGAAACUCUGUUCUGGUCCUUGUUGGUCGGAGAUAAAACUGCGGUGGAUUUUUUGGAGCGGACACCUAGUGGAAGACUGCACAAGAGAUGGGAUCUUAAGAUGGUAUUUCAAAACCUAGCCUUGCCUGUCUUUUUUUACGUUUUUUUAAUGAUUCUUCUGUCACUUGUAAUGGUUCUGAUCUAGCUUGCUUUAAAACUAUUUUUUGCAGUAAUUUUUAUUCCUUUUAAAGUCUCUUGUAGUGUUAAGUUAUAGUGGUAAUGCUCCAUCGGUUUCUAAAUUUUAUCAAUGGUGUAGAACACUAAUCAAAUUGUAUUCUGAAUAAAGUGUUAUAUUGUGUAGCUUUUGUAUAAAACCAGGAAUUGGAAAUGGUCCAAAUAUUUUAAAAGCAUAAAAAAAGAACCUUUCCAGUGUCAUUUGUUUGAGGGUCCAUUGGAAUAGAGGCUACAGGCAGAGUUGCUUUUUUUUGCUGAUAAAGGUAGCUUAAGAAACCUUUACAUUGUAGCCUGCUGUGCUUAAUGGAAAUAUGGUUGACAUGGCUCAAUAAAAUGGACUUAUUUCAAA